AUGGGUGCCCUUACUGUCCCUACCCACGACCAGAUCCUGGUCCCUGAGACUCUUCUCAAGAAGCGCAAGAGCCAGGAGAAGGCUCGCGCUGAGCGACUUGCCACCGUCCAGAAGAAGAAGGCUGCCAACAAGGAGAAGCGUGGUGUCAUCUUCAAGCGUGCCGAGAAGUACGUCAAGGAGUACCGCGAUGGCGAGCGCGAGAAGAUUCGCCUGGCCCGCGUCGCCAAGGAGAACGACUCCGCCUAUAUCGCCGCCGAGUCCAAGCUGAUCUUCGUCGUCCGCAUCAAGGGUAUCAACAAGAUGCCUCCUAAGCCUCGCAAGAUCCUCCAGCUGCUCCGUCUUCUUCAGAUCAACAACGGCGUCUUCAUCCGUGUCACCAAGGCCACCACUGAGAUGUUGAAGAUUGUUGAGCCCUGGAUCGCCUACGGCUACCCCAACCUUAAGUCCAUCAAGGAGCUCGUGUACAAGCGCGGCUACGGAAAGGUUGACAAGCAGCGCAUUGCCCUUACCGACAACUCCAUCAUCGAGGAGAACCUCGGAAAGUACGGCAUCGUCUGCAUGGAGGAUCUCAUCCACGAGAUCUACACGGUUGGCCCCAACUUCAAGCAGGCCGCCAACUUCCUGUGGCCCUUCAAGCUGAGCAACCCCACGGGCGGAUUCCGCCCUCGCAAGUUCAAGCACUUCAUUGAGGGUGGUGAUCUUGGCAACCGUGAGGAGCACAUCAACGCUCUCAUCCGCCAGAUGAACUAG